CUUAAAGAGGGGCGGUCGCUUCUCCCCCAACAGGGACACCCAUUGGCACUAGGCUGAGUCAACCAAAGGACUCCGGGCACCGAUUGGUUAGACGCAGGGCGAAGGGGCGGGCUCGAGGCGUCCAGUCAGGUGCGCAGCUUCCGCGGACGACGGAGGAGGAGGCGGCGGCGGUGGCGGCCGGAGGAGCGGCCUCCAUCCCGGGGCUCCUACCGUCCCCACCACCCUGGAGGCAUGGGGCGGACCAGGCCCCGGCCCUGAGGGAAACGGCGGAGAAGCGGACGGACGGAAGGGCGGGGCGCUGGCGGAAGGGGCGGGGCACAGGCCUUGCCAUGCCUCUGCCUUUGAGUUGUUGAGGCCAGUGGGCGCCCUCUCGCCACCGCCAUGACCACCGGCGACUGCUGCCACCUCCCGGGUUCCCUGUGCGACUGCCCGGGCAGCGCUGCCUUAUCCAAGUCGGUGGAAGAAGCUGACCUCGGGCGGCCCCAAUAUGUCACCCAGGUCACCGCCAAGGACGGACGCCUGCUCUCGACCGUCAUCAAAGCCCUGGGGACGCAGAGUGAUGGUCCCAUCUGCCGGAUCUGCCACGAAGGGGGGAGUGGCGAGGGCCUGCUCUCGCCCUGCGACUGCACGGGCACCUUGGGGGCCGUCCACAAGAGCUGCCUGGAGAAAUGGCUCUCCUCCUCCAACACAAGCUACUGUGAGCUUUGCCACACCGAGUUUGUCAUCGAGCGGCGGCCACGGCCCCUGACGGAGUGGCUGAAGGACCCUGGCCCACGCAAUGAGAAGCGGACUCUUUUCUGUGACAUGGUAUGUUUCCUUUUCAUCACUCCGUUGGCCGCCAUCUCCGGCUGGCUCUGCCUUCGAGGGGCCCAAGACCACCUGCAGUUCAACAGCCGCCUGGAGGCCAUUGGGCUGAUCGCCCUCACCAUAGCACUUUUCACCAUCUAUGUCCUCUGGACGCUGGUGUCAUUCCGCUAUCACUGCCAGCUCUACUCCGAGUGGCGAAGGACCAAUCAAAAAGUCCGCCUGAUGAUCCCGGACGCCAAGCACCCCCCGCACCCCAUUCCGCACUCCUUGCUCUCCGCUAAGCUCCUCAAAAAGAAAGCCGACGAGACGACGGUGGUGUUGGCACCCACAAAGACUCUCUGAAACAAUCAAGCCAGUGGGAGGGGGCGCUUGCUGCUGGCGCCUCCCCUCCGUCCGGCAAGACCAUGGAAAGACAACCAAGCCCCGGGUGCGUGCAAUGAGCCCGGGCCACGGCGCACCAAGGGACCGUCUGCUGUUGGCCAAGGCUCCAACCUCAAGUUACAAGACGCAGCAAGGGGGUGGGGACGAAAGCCUUUCUGUCUAUAUUCAUAUAACUCUAUAUUAUCCUAAUUAUUGAUGUAAUUAUAAUUUUAUUCCUGUUCUUAAUUUUCAAUAUCCCCCCCCCCCCGCUUUUUCUUCUUUUUCAGCAUUCAGGUCCCUAAAGGGGUCCCAGGUAUUCCCCCAGGUAGAGACGGCAGGCAAGCUGUGUCCACACCUCUUGCCUUUAGUCAUAUUUCCUUGUGUCCGUUUAACAUCCAGGGGAAAAAUCGAGGUUGCUGUGGUAGGGAGGGAAGGGCCUUCCUUUGGAAACUGUGAAACGGGUGGGGCAGUUGCAGUUGUGGGGGGGGGAGGAAAAAAAUACAGAAAAAUCCCACUGUGACUUCCUUAAUCUCUCCACACAGCCCGCGGAUUUAUCCCUUGUCUGAUUACAUUCUGGGAACAUAAUUGGUGCUUUUAUAAAGAAUUCGGGAGCACAGGGAAAAGUUUACUCUCCCCCUUCCCAUCCUCUUUCCGCCCUUAUUCAAACGCCUCACAACCCUUUCCCUCUUUUUGCACUACAUGGAAUAUUUUGUGGGAAGAGCCAGGAGCUGUCUGGCUCCCCUCCUCAUUCCCCGCCUGGCCCCCACGUCCUUUGUUUUUGUCUGUGAUGUUGCUCUCUCCAGUUUAGAGGGUUCUGUGCAUUUGAGAAUGGGUUUGAAGUAUAAUAAAUAAUCCCAGGAGGAGUAAAAACAAAGAAAAAAAAACCUGUAAUGUUGAACUGGAGGUUUGGUUUUCUUAAAAAUAAAUAAAUGCUGUAA